CUGCGAAAAUCAACUGUUGCAACUGCUGCUCAGGAGUUGCUGCCAUUUCCUGAACUGCAGAAUGCUUUUGGGCAUCGAUUUUUUGUUGCAGAUCUGCGGGUUGGGAGUGAUUCCAUUGUUUGGGCAUUGUUUGGUUGCCAUUUUGGGUGCACAUUUUUCUUUGUUUUGGAAAGAAUAUUUGCAUUGGUUUAGGCCUUUUUUUCCAACAGUUGUUGGGGAUCGGUUGGUGAUGGGGAAGAUCGGGUUUUGUGUUCUUAAUUUUUGAAGUGAAACAUUGAAUUAAUGAGUUUGGCUUGAAAUUCAUUGUGGGUCCAUCCUCUGCCAUCAAUUACUCUACAUUGGAAGUUCCAAUUUUGAUCUUCCUCAGGCCAAGAGAGAAUAUCUGUUUAUCUUUUAGCUCUAACUAAAAUGACGAGGGGAAGGGCUGAUGGAGGUCACAAGAAGCGGUUGGUUACUUCACUACUGAUUUUGGUCAUCUGUGUUUGUUUUCUUUAUGUGUACUCUCGGAACCGUGGUCCGUCGGCUCUGGAGUAUGGCAGUAAAUCUUUGAGAAAACUUGGGUCUUCUUACUGGGGUGGUGAUGAAGGGACUGAUAUUGGUGGCAAGCAAUAUGAAUCUUCCAACAAAUUUGGCGAAGGAGGAGAAAAUGAUGCUAUACUAAAGAGCAUUCCUGUUUGUGAUGAUCACCAUUCAGAGUUGAUUCCUUGCCUAGACAGGCACUUUAUAUACAAAACAAAGUUGAAGUUGGAUUUGUCUUUGAUGGAGCACUAUGAGAGACAUUGCCCACCACCUGAAAGGCGCUAUAAUUGCUUGAUUCCUCCUCCAGCAGGGUACAAGGUCCCAAUCAAGUGGCCUAAAAGCAGAGAUGAGGUGUGGAAAGCCAAUAUACCUCAUACCCACCUUGCAACUGAGAAGUCUGACCAGAACUGGAUGGUUGUCAAAGGUGAAAAGAUUGCAUUUCCUGGUGGUGGAACUCAUUUUCAUUAUGGAGCUGACAAGUAUAUUGCCUCAAUUGCAAAUAUGCUCAACUUUCCAAAUAAUAAUUUAAACAAUGGAGGAAGGAUCCGCACAGUCCUUGAUGUCGGUUGUGGAGUGGCAAGUUUCGGAGCAUAUCUUCUUUCAUCUGAUAUCAUUGCAAUGUCUUUAGCACCCAACGAUGUGCAUCAAAACCAAAUCCAGUUUGCCCUAGAGAGAGGAAUUCCGGCAUAUCUUGGUGUUUUAGGGACAAAAAGACUCCCUUAUCCAAGUAGAUCUUUUGAACUUGCACACUGUUCUCGUUGUAGGAUUGAUUGGCUUCAAAGGAAUGGGAUCCUUCUACUUGAGCUAGAUAGGUUACUUAGACCAGGUGGCUAUUUUGCUUACUCAUCUCCUGAAGCCUAUGCCCAGGAUGAAGAGGAUCUGAGAAUAUGGAGAGAGAUGAGUGCCCUUGUAGAACGUAUGUGUUGGAAAAUAGCUGCAAGAAGGAACCAAACUGUUAUUUGGGUCAAACCUCUAACUAAUGACUGUUACAUGAAAAGGGACUCUGGUACUCAACCUCCUCUCUGCAGAUCUGAUGAUGAUCCAGAUGCUGUGUGGGGUACACCUAUGGAAGCUUGCAUCACACCUUACUCUGACCAAAACCAUCAAACAAGAGGUAGUGGAUUGGCUCCUUGGCCAGCUCGAUUAACUGCUCCUCCUCCUCGUCUAGCUGAUUUUGGCUAUACCAGUGACAUGUUUGAAAGGGAUACGGAAGUUUGGCAACAAAGGGUUGACAAUUACUGGAAUAUUUUGGGUGCAAAGAUCAACCCUGAUACUUUGAGGAACUUGAUGGACAUGAAAGCAAGCAUGGGAUCAUUUGCAGCUGCUCUGAAAGACAAAAAUGUGUGGGUGAUGAAUGUGGUUGCAGAAGAUGGACCCAACACUCUCAAGAUAAUAUAUGACAGAGGCCUGAUAGGCACUAUUCAUAACUGGUGUGAAGCCUUCUCAACCUACCCACGAACCUACGACCUACUCCAUGCCUGGACCGUCUUCUCUGAUAUAGAGCGAAAUGGGUGUAGUGCAGAGGAUUUACUGAUUGAAAUGGACCGCAUCCUAAGGCCAACAGGGUUCGUGAUCAUCCGUGAUAAGCGAGCAGUGGUAGAAUUCAUAAAGAAGCACCUAACAGCAUUACACUGGGAAGCAGUGGGAACAGCAGAUUCAGAAGAAGACCCAGAUCAGGAUGAGGAUAAUAUUGUGUUGAUCAUCCAAAAGAAGAUGUGGCGUACAAGCCAUAGCCUCAGGGAAUCUUUGUAAUGUAGGCUUCUUCAUGAAUGCUCAAUUGCCUAUUUUCUCUUCUUUUAUCAUUUGAUGGAUUUUUUUUUUUUUUUUUUGUCUAUUUAUUUAUUUUCUCCGGUCCUCAACUUUGUAAGCUUAUCAUUUUUUUCCUCACUGAUUGAAACAAAGAGGACAUAAGUGGAAAUAAGAAAAUUUGCAUUAUUUUUUUCUUUUGAAAGAAA